AUGCAGCUUACAGAGAAUGAAUGUGAACGCCAAGUAAACAACGUAAUCAGACCGUAUCUCGCGAGGAUCAAUGACUACAGACCUUACAAUUAUGCAGUAACCACGGAGCUUCCUGCCUUCUCGCCAUCCUACUUGAAAUCUGGAAAUAGAUAUGAUUAUGAGGAUGGAACUCCAUUACCUCCAAUCUACAAAGUCUUCUCCAAUAAUGCCAAACAGAGAGUCGUUGAUGUGCAGAAGCAGAAUGAAAGAAAUCGUUACAAUUAUGAGAACAAAAACUACGCAUUCUCUUACACGGUGAAAGAUCACAAAACUGGCGACGAUUUCUCCCAUUCUCAACACAGCAGCGGAUCAGCAACUAACGGAGAGUACAGAGUGCGACUGCCCGACGGAAGAAUGCAGAUUGUUUCCUACACAGCCGACGAAAACGGUUACCAAGCCGAUGUCAGAUAUGACGACGAAGAUAAAACAGCUGGCAACACUAUAGAUGAUCAUUACAUUAACAACAAACAAUAUUCCAACGAUCAUAAUUCUUACAACAAUAACCGUAAUAAUGUACCCGCUUAUGUCGAUGACAAAAAACAUUACAUUGAUUACAAUAAUAAAAUUAACCAUGAACAGAAACCAUAUGUGGCUGAAGAUAAAUUUGAAUACAAAGUCCCUGCAAAUAAAGAUUAUUAUAAUCAAUACACAGAUUUAUCUAAAGAGUAUUAUAACGAUGACCUAUCAACAGAAUAUGAAAGCAAAAGUUAUGAUUACGCCCCACACAAAAGCAAAUUUGCAGGUUUUAUUGAUAGCAAAAAUAUUAAUACUGAUAAAUUUGUUCCGAAUAACAACCUAGCAUACGGUUCAACUGUUACACCUUCCUACGAUCAACUAAAAGACUUAUUAGUGACCAAAAAGGCUUAUAAUACAGUGCAACCGUACUUGAGUAAUAUACCAGUGGAAAUUAACGUGCCAUCUACAACGCCCAGUUACGAUUUUACUACAGAACGAGUCGUUAUUAUAGGUGGUAACCGACCAAAACUAUAUACAAGUGUCACCGAUAGCCCUUCCUUUGCUAGUGUUGCACCAUUGUCAGCUACUCCAACACCAGUGACUUAUAAUAAUUAUGUGGUAUCGUCAACGCCUAGAAGCUAUUUAGCAUCAACAAUAGCUAGUCUGAUUAAUAAAGUGGAUUUAUCGGGACCAAAACCUGUAUUAUCUAAUAGUUAUAUUGAUAGAAUAAAUAAAUAUUUACGUUUUAACUAA